GUACUGAGAAAGUGACAAACAACUUAUAAGCUCUGAAGAAAAAAUAUCAUAUCACCAGCCUGAGAAAACCCCAACCUUAACCCUAAAUCAUCAUUUCUAUUCUUUAUGCAAGUAAAGGAUUGAAAUUCUUUCGCCAUGGACGUGGCUUAUCUUCAAGCCAAAUGCAUUUCUUCUCCGUUUCGUUCUCCCACUCAUCAUUGCCCUCUUUUAGUUCUUUCUAGGGUUUCCCAUUCCUUGCUCUUCAAUCCCAAACACAUCAAUUUGCGCCGAUGGAAGAACAUGUGCUCUGCUUCCAACUCCGAAACCCUCGUCGCUGGCUCUCCCUCUCCCAAUGGACACCACAAAUCCCACGAGGUUGUCACUGUCAAGUCAGAAGACCACGACUUGGGUGACUUAAAAUCUUGGAUGCACAACAACGGACUCCCUCCUUGCAAGGUCGUGCUUGAUGAGAGGCCCUCCCACAAUGCUAAACAUCGCCCAAUUCACUACGUUGCAGCCAGCGAGGAUCUUCAGACAGGUGAUAUUGCAUUUUCUGUGCCGAAUUCCUUGGUGGUAACAUUGGAGAGGGUUCUGGGAAACGAGACUGUCGCUGAACUCUUGACAACCAACAAAUUAUCAGAACUAGCCUGCUUGGCACUCUAUCUCAUGUAUGAAAAGAAACAAGGAAAGAAAUCCUUUUGGUAUCCAUACAUUAAAGAGCUUGACCGGCAGCGGGGUAGGGGCCAGCUAGCUGUUGAGUCGCCUCUUCUAUGGUCAGAAGCUGAACUCAAGUACCUGACAGGGAGCCCGACAAAGGGUGAAGUCCUUGAGAGAGCUGAAGGGAUCAAGAGAGAAUACAGUGAGCUUGACACAGUAUGGUUCAUGGCUGGAUCACUUUUUCAGCAAUACCCUUAUGAUAUACCAACAGAAGCAUUUCCUUUUGAGAUUUUCAAACAAGCUUUUGUUGCAGUUCAAUCCUGUGUUGUGCAUUUGCAGAAAGUUAGUCUGGCCCGAAGAUUUGCUUUAGUUCCUCUAGGACCGCCAUUAUUGUCCUAUUGCAGCAACUGCAAAGCAAUGUUAUCAGCUGUUGACGGUGCUGUGCAACUUGUUGUUGAUCGUCCAUAUAAGACUGGGGAACCUAUUGUUGUUUGGUGUGGGCCACAGCCUAAUUCAAAAUUGCUCAUAAACUAUGGUUUCGUUGAUGAAGAUAAUCCUUAUGACCGAGUCACUUUAGAGGCAGCAUUGAAUACAGAGGAUCCUCAGUAUCAGGACAAGAGAUUGGCUGCUCAAAGGAAUGGGAAAUCAUCUGUACAAGCUUUCCAUGUAUAUGUGGGAAGAGAAAAAGAGACUAUUUCUGAGAUGCUCCCUUAUUUAAGAUUGGGAUAUGUUUCAGACCCUUCAGAAAUGCAAUUUGUAUUGUCUUCUCAAGGUCCUGUUUGUCCGGUGAGCCCCUGUACAGAACGGGCAGUUUUGGACCAGCUAGCUGAGUAUUUCAAGACAAGGCUGCUUCGUUAUCCCACCACUCUAAGUGAAGAUGAGGCUUUGUUGGCAGAUAAUGACCUGGAUCCAAAAAAGAGAGUUGCUACACAGCUUGUUAGGUUGGAAAAGAGAAUCCUGAACACAUGCUUGCAGAUAACAUUGCAUCUCAUAGACCAGUUACCUGAUCUCUCUGUAUCUCCUUGCCCUGCUCCUUAUGCCCCUAUAUUAAAAUGAUAGGGCAGGGCAUUGUUCAGCAAAGAAAAAAAGAAAUAUUUUUUCAAAGCGAAAAUGGGAGGUUGCUGGCUGCUGCAAAUAUUUGGUGUUGGAACAUGUUGGGUCCUUGUAAUUGAACUACAGUCUCUACUCUCUACCUUUAUAUUUUCUUUCCUCCGCUUACUUAGUUGUACAUUUUCACUCUCUAUUUCUCACUUCAUAUCUUUUAGGUUAGAAUGAUGGUGCGAAUAGCUGCUUUUAUCUCACAGUACUUCCAAGCAUCGGCCUUGUGGCCUUUAUUGUAAAUACUUUUGAUGUAUCAUACUAUGAAACACACUUGUUUCCUGAUGCAAUAUAAAAGCUGUUCGGAUCA